AUGAGUGCACUGGUCAAGAUGCCUGCACUGAAAAUGAAGAGGAUGUUUGAUGGUGAUGAUUUUGCUAAUGAGUUCAACACCAGGAACGUGAAAUCCGCGAAAGUUUCGCACUUUCAUGUCAGUGGAUUAGAGCAGUCAGCUGUGUUGAACUCAUCAGAUAAAGCUCCUCAAGAUGAGUCAGAUCCAACCAUUCAACUUGCUGACCAGGAUAUUAGGGUAACUGAAGCUUCUGGCUUGCAUGAUCCUAUCGGAGGAAAAUCCAUGCUCAAGGAUUUAACAUCCGACAAAGUGAUAGAUUCACCAAAUUCAGAGGCUGAUUCCUCUGCUAAUUAUGAUCACAACAAAUCUGUAUUAUAUGCAGUGAAUUAUGUUGGCAAAGAGUUUGCAGAUGAUGGUGUAGAUUCUUCAGCCCAGAAUUUGUGUGUUGUUAGUGAUCAUGAGGCAAGCUGGGGUUCGAAUCAGUGUUGCAGACUGCUGGAUAUUUAUAGUCCAGAUGAUGAUUUCCCGCACUUGUUUGAUAAUCCACCUGAUCUUCUGCCUAGUUAUAUUGGAUUGUGUGAUGAAUUUGUAUCAAUUGAUGCAUUGAUGAACAUGAGUAGCAGAUGUGGAGCAUUCCCACUUAUUGAGAGUGCCACGGAAGCCAGUGUUGAUAAUAAGCCAUGCUCAUCUGAGGUGGAUUUGUGCUUUAAUAAUUCUGAGGUAUUAGAGUGGCUCAACCCUCAUCUUUCGGAGGAGGAUUUACCAGAUCUUGUUGAUUUUGCUGAGUUAAAUUCAAAUGCUGCUCCUGCAAAAAAAGAGCAAUGGACCAGGAAGGUCACUCUUGUGCUUGAUUUGGAUGAAACCCUUGUUCAUUCAACUAUGGAGCAUUGUGAUGACGCUGAUUUCACAUUUCCUGUGUUCUAUGAUAUGAAAGAGCAUGUGGUAUAUGUGAAAAAGAGGCCACAUGUCCACAUGUUCCUCCAAAGGAUGGUUGAAAUGUUUGAGGUAGUGAUAUUUACAGCCAGUCAAAGUGUUUACGCAGACCAGUUGCUUGACAUGCUGGAUCCAGAGAAGAAACUUUUCUCCAAGCGUUUCUUCCGGGAAUCAUGUUUGUUCACAGACAAUGGCUACACAAAAGAUCUGACUGUUGUUGGAGUCGACCUUGCCAAGGUUGCCAUAAUUGACAACACUCCACAGGUUUUCCAGCUGCAAGUGAACAAUGGUAUACCAAUAGAGAGUUGGUAUAGCAAUCCCUUUGACGAGGCUUUACCUCAAUUGAUCCCAUUCUUAGAGACCCUUGCUGUAGCUGAUGAUGUCCGGCCUAUCAUUGCCAAGAAGUUUGGCAACAUAAUAGAUAGUUGCUAA